UUGCUGUUCGGUGUACGACAGAAGAAGAAAAACUGCAGACUUUUUUUUUCUGUAGCCGAAUACAAACCAAAGAGGCAGAGUUUGCUGGAUACCCGCAGACACAGGUGUGCACUUUUGUUCAAGUCUUCAGAAAAGCCACCGAGAGAAGGAGCAGCUAUGAGUUCGCUGUGAUAAUGGAUCGCUUUAGAGAAGACCGGAACAGAGCUCAAACAUGUGGUGACAUUGACGGCAAGAUGGAGCCUGAGUAUGAUGUGGUGGAUGACCAUGAGGAAGUGCACAAUGUGCGCAUAUUUCCUGCUAGGCCUAUAAAUGAUGAGAGAGAGUAUGCAGACAGGGAUAUUCAGUGGCCAUCAUCUGCUCAGAGCCUGUCAUCAAUCUCUACUCGUAGACCCCUUCCUAGAUGUCCGCCCAGAGAGACCCCUCAAUAUAAAGUUCCAGUUGUAAAUAGAGACAUAAAGCCAGGACGGCAAAAAGUUAAAAUAGAUAGGAGGCCCCUACCUUUGGAGCCAGAAGAGCAAGUAAACAUCUGUCAUUCUCGCAGAAGUUCUUCGCCACACCCACCUUCUGCCUUGGACGUAUCCAACAACCUUGCUGGCCUGGCUGUGCAUGAAACCUACAGGAGAGAUAGACAAAUGAGAAACACUGAAAAAGCAGACUUCAGAUCACAUGCCAGAAGUCCGCAGUCUACUAAAGAUGGUUCAGGCAUACUGAGCCAUCAACGACAUUCUUUGGAUUUGGAGACUCAUGACUUAGAAAAUAGGUCACAUCAACAUGUAGAAGGGAUGGAGUCCAGACGUCAUCACCAUGAGUGGCCUCAAACCAAAGAAGACAUUGAUCAAAAUGAUUUUGUUCCAAUGGACAAGCCUAACACCUACUGUGAGGAAGACUGGUAUAUUGGACAUUGUAAUCGCACAGAUGCUGAGCACGCCUUACACCUGGUGAACAAGGAUGGGGCAUAUUUAGUUCGAGACUGCUCCAAUAACACCAACAGUGAACCCUUGGUAUUGGUCGUGUAUCAUGAGAAGAAAGUCUAUAAUGUAAAAAUCCGGUUUAUUGGGUCCCUCAGGAAGUACGCACUUGGAACAGGCCAACGAUCAAAUGAUAUGUUUGACUCCGUAGCAGGAAUCAUCAAAUUCCAUUCCAUUUUUCCAAUAACACUCGUCAGCGGGAGAAACACAGCAAGCAGCAAAUGCCCAGAGAACUGUGUGCUGACAUGUCCAAUAACCAAAAGUGAUGUUGUACAGCUCCUACAGUAACGUCUGCAUCUUCCAGCCAAGAAAAUGCUUUCAUCUCAAGCUAUUUCCCACAAUACUUUUAAAUUUCUGAGAAAAAUAUUGCACAUAGCUGUUGUUCAGGUGGAGUGCUGGGACCUGAUUAUCUUCGGUUGCACAAUUUAUGUCUAUUGUUAAUUAUGAUGACAUUGAAGUUGGUAUAUGGUUUGUUGCUAAUAAUGAUAAUAAAAAUUAUUCUUAUUCAUUUGCCUCCAAUUUUUAUGUAAAGUUUGCCAAGAUUGAAGUUGGAAAAAUAACCAGGAAGGCACCCUGUAUUCAGAAUUUCAGGGAAAGACUGUGUUUGCUCUAACCUGGAACUCAAAAUCCAAAAUGGCUGUCAAGCACUUGAAAUCCUGUGAUAGCUGCAGUAACAAGCAAGUUAUUUGCACUUCAGGCAAUUUUAAUUCCAAUAAAUAUUCAAGCACAUGCACAAACCUAAUAUAAAACAAGUUUUAUUAGUGUUUAAAUGCAUAAAUAUAAAGAACUACAUCACUUUUAGAUUGUCCGGCUAACAAUGUGUUCAGUGAAGGCAACACUUUCAACUUCUACCUAGAACAUGAUUGCGUAUUAACGUGUCACAAGAUUCAGUUUCCCACUUUACAGGUCAGUGGAUCUUGCUUUU